GUUGGCGAUGCCAGGUGGAUGGGAGCAAACUUCAGAAGGAAGAAGAGACGCCUGGGCCCUGGGUGAUCUCAGGGGCAGACCCAGGCAGAGAGGGCCUGAGGCCAGCCGGCCAGGGUAGCAGCGUGGCUGCUGGCGCCGCCGGGACCUGCGUAAGAAAGCCGCGAGUGUUCCGCAGGCUGCUGCAAGCGACUCCCUGGCGAUGCCUCACAACUCGAUCAGAUCCGGCCACGGAGGGCUGAAUCAGUUAGGAGGGGCCUUUGUGAAUGGCAGGCCUCUGCCGGAAGUUGUCCGUCAACGCAUUGUGGACCUGGCCCACCAGGGCGUGAGGCCCUGUGAUAUCUCGCGCCAGCUCCGUGUCAGCCAUGGCUGUGUCAGCAAGAUCCUGGGCAGUAGGUACUACGAGACUGGCAGCAUCCGGCCUGGAGUGAUAGGGGGCUCCAAGCCCAAGGUGGCCACCCCCAAGGUGGUGGAGAAGAUCGGGGAUUACAAGCGGCAGAACCCCACCAUGUUCGCCUGGGAGAUCCGGGACCGGCUCCUGGCAGAAGGCGUUUGUGACAAUGACACUGUGCCCAGUGUCAGCUCCAUCAACAGAAUCAUCCGAACCAAAGUGCAGCAACCCUUCAACCUCCCCAUGGACAGCUGCGUGGCCAGCAAGUCUCUGAGUCCAGGACACACGCUGAUCCCCAGCUCAGCCGUAACACCCCCAGAGUCACCCCAGUCGGAUUCCUUGGGCUCUACCUAUUCUAUCAGUGGGCUCCUGGGCAUCGCUCAGCCUGGCGGUGACAACAAGAGGAAGAUGGAUGAUAGUGACCAGGACAGCUGUCGGCUGAGCAUCGACUCACAGAGCAGCAGCAGCGGUCCCCGAAAGCACCUUCGGACGGACGCCUUCAGCCAGCACCACCUCGAGCCGCUCGACUGUCCGUUUGAGCGGCAGCACUACUCGGAGGCCUACGCCUCCCCCAGCCACACCAAAGGCGAGCAGGGCGAGAGAUGGUGGGGCCCACGCUGCCUGGAUACCCACCCCACAUCCCCACCAUUGGACAGGGCAGCUAUGCCUCUUCUGCUAUCGCAGGCAUGGUGGCAGGUUCCCCAUAUUAUUACAGCUCCACAACAAGGCCAAGUGCACCGCCCACCUCCGCCACGGCCUUCGACCAUCUGUAGUUGUCAUGGGGACAGUGGGAACAACCAGGCAAACAGGAGGACUUGGCCUGAGACAGGCCCCAGAGAGUCACACAAAGGAAUCUUUAUUUAUUACAUGAAAAAUAACCACAAUUCCAGCAUUGCGGCUCAUUCCCCCGUGUGGUCAAUUUAAUGGACCGUGAAAGUCAGGAUGACCUUGGAGAAGGCCAAACUGUCCUUCAAGAUUCCUUUUGUGGGGGACAGGAAUUCCAGGAAAACCAGACACAUCCCAUCUCAAAAGAGAUGGUGUUAGAGGAGAAGUGUACCCAGGCUGGUACCCACCAAAGGAGAGAAAAAGGGAUCACAAAGAACUUAGAGGGAGACCUGUCUGAGGGUGUACAAGGACCAGCUGUGUGAUCUUCAUCAAUACAACUCCAGCAAUUAUGGACCGUAAGCAAGUCCUUCUGGCCCAUGAGUCCUAGCCCAGGGCCAAUGGUCUACUCAUCAGCCAUCCUAGGAGUUACCACCUGUAGCCUCUGCCGCCUGCUGGGCAAGCCAACCAGCAACUUUCUGGGGAUGCCAGCUGACCUUCCCAUUUGUGUUGCUGUGAGCCUCCAGGCACCCCCUAGCCUCUCAACCAUCGGGUCACCCCUCUGGCAGCAGUGAGCCUGUCUCCUGGGAAGUGUGGCAAGGCUCUCUACACAGAGCACCGCAAGACGUGACGGCUGGGACCACCGCGCUCUCUUCUCAACAGCCAUGCCGAUUCGAGUGUGCUUUCUAUAUCUCCAGCCCAUGCAGCCACCGAAGAGACCCCUGAGGCCAGCAACAAGAUUCCCUCUCUGGCUCCUCAGCUCCUUCCCCCAACACCACCUCACUGUAAAUACCGCAAAAUGAUGCUCUGUUUGGGUCAAGCUUCCUUCUUUCCAGCCCCAGACUUUGGCCUCUGAGUGAAUUGUUUUCCUACUAUGUUGGGCUUUUCUCCUUGAUACUUUUUUUUUUUUUUAAUGACAACCCACCAUUGCCACAUGACUCAAUAAACCAUUACUCUUGGUCUCAG